AUGGCGUCUCCCGAAUAUUCGCCUCCUGAGGAGGAACUCUUCAAAUUAUAUCGCGAAUAUCGUGAAACAAAGUCCAUCGAGGCCAAAGCCCUCUUUUUCUCAUCUCAAUGCCGUCAGAUAUGUCGCACAGACCCAGCCUACGCCGCAAAAGGCAGAGACAUCAUUCUCCACUACCUUCGUGAAUCAGGCGACGUCCUCCAGAGAAUCUACCGCGACGCUGGAUGGGACAUUAGUGAAAUGGAUCCAGCGUCCGUGAAAAGCUUUUACACCAUGCGACCACUCAUUACAAGCGAAAGAGAAGAUUUCGCAACGAUCAGGGAACUGGCUCCCGCUGGUUUUGCGUCUUUGGAGGAGGUUCGCGACAAAGCGAAGACUGAGAAGUGGGAGGGGCUUAGAGUUAAUAUGUGGACGAAGGAUAAUAAGGGACGAGGGAUUUUGGUCAAGGUUCAGUAUUGGUGGCGGGAAGAGGAUGGCGCUUGGAAGCAGAUAUUGCAUGAUAUCAUGUUUUUGGGGCCUGUUGAUGGGACGGAGAAGGAUGGGAGAGGUAUCUUGGUAGAGGAGGGGGUUUGA